CAUCCAUGCUUACGUACGACGAGCACUUCCGCAUUCCUGAGCUUUCACAGACAAGAGCAGUACUUAAACGGGCUGAUGCAACGACCUCAGCUAGUCCCAAAACCUACAUCCGAUUCACAACUCCCCCAUCAUCGACACGUUACUGUUACUACUGCGGAUUUUUUGGACGCAUAAUAGCGUCCGAACACAGUUGCAUCAUUGAAAGAAGACAACUGGCAGGUUUCCUCUGAGGGCGGUGGCUGCCGGGUCGGACAUGAUGCCGGGACAGAUCCCUGACCCUUCGCUGGCGGCCGGCUCCCUGCCCAGCCUGGGCCCACUGGCGGGCAUCUCGGCCACCACGCUCACCGAUCAACUCAAACUGGCUGACUUCCGCCAGCUGGGCGCCAUGCUGUCCCCGCUGCACUUCCUGGGGAGGCUGGGGAAGAGGCCGCUGGCCAUCAAGACGGAGAUGGAUGAAGACGAGGAAAGGAGGAAACGGAGACGAGAGAAAAACAAGGUAGCAGCAGCACGAUGCCGAAACAAAAAGAAGGAACGGACCGACUUCCUUCAAAGGGAAUCAGAGCGUUUGGAGAUGGUCAACUCAGAUCUGAAGGCCCAGAUUGAGGAGCUCCGUGUUGAGAGGCAGCAGCUGAUGGUGAUGCUCAACCUCCACCGGCCUACGUGCAUCGUCAGGACCGACAGCGUCAAAACCCCAGAGAGCGAGGUCAACCCCUUGCUGGAGCAGCUGUCCUCUGACAAAAAGUGAAAGCGGGGAAACCAAGGACGUGAAAUCCCAUAUUCCCAAACUAGCACCACUGUGGCAGCCAUUUUUAUGAAACCAUAACUGGCAAUACAUUUCUGAACAAGCACUUGAGCUCCAAGCUGAGGACUUUUGGAGACUGCCCAAACACUGAAGGUUUAAGGGCUUCUUCAGUACUGCUACAUGAGCUGGCUCUGUCCAUUGGAAGACUAGAAACACCCAGUUUCAUCUUUGCAUUAAGUCUUGUUGACACCCGCUGUGCCUAGCUGUUACUUCAACCAUCUCUACACAAAAGGGACCAAUGGAAACAGUAGAGUACGAAUGGAAACAACUGUGAGGAAACACACUAAUAUCAAUAUGGUGCUCUGUUACAAAAGCCCUGCGUAGAUUGUGUGGCAUUGUUUGAAUGCAGAGGGCCACAAAGGCUAAGCGCUCUGCAGUCUUCUUUUGUAUGCUAGCCGAAAUAUACAGGUGUAGAAAUGUUAGUAUACAAUACUCAAUUAAGUACACCAGAAGAAGUAGAGGUUUUUUAUUUUGUAAAAUUGAUUUGUACUCCCUGCCUCAAAUGUUGGCAGAUACCGGUUGAUCCGAUUUGUGGUGACGCUGGCGUCAUAAGCACAUAUACACAAAAUGUUUACACCGUUGUUUUUUGGACUUGUUGUCUGUCCAUUAUUGUUUUAUACUGCUUUGUAUACAUAAACAUAUAUGAAAUGCUUUUUAAUCACUUGAUGUGAUUUGUCUUUUCAGUCUUUUCAGUCUGUGUCUGUCAUGUUGUGCUGUCAAACAGCUGUGAAAACAAAAAGGAAAUCUUGUCAGCUGAGCAGUAUGUCAAUGUCUGUUCUGGACUGUCUCUGCUAUGUAUGACUCUGGUACUCUGAAUAGAUUAAAUUUUAUUUUCUAACUACAA